UCCCCUCCCGGGCCGCUGGCGCCCGGCGCGGGCCCAACCGCGGAGGCGGUGCCCGGCGAGACGGAGCCGGGAGUCCCCGAAGCGCCUUCCGCUCCGCGCGGGGACGCGGGGCCCGAAGUGCCUGGAGAGUCCGGCGCGGCGUCCGGGAUCCCGGGGACCCGAGGCGGGAGGUUUGGGCUGAGCCCUCCCCGGCUCCCGCCCGCCCCCGCCCGGCGCCCGCCUCCGCCCCCGCCCGCGGCCUGGAGCGCGCCUCCCUCGCAGCCCAGGGUCUGGCGAGCCGGCGCCGGCCGAGCUGCGGGAGCCGCGGACAGCACCAGCCGCCGCCGCGGGAGCUGCUCCGGCCGUACCAUGCGGGAGCUGGCCAUCGAGAUCGGGGUGCGAGCCCUGCUCUUCGGGGUCUUCGUUUUUACAGAGUUUUUGGAUCCAUUCCAGAGAGUCAUCCAGCCGGAAGAGAUCUGGCUGUAUAAAAAUCCUUUGGUGCAAUCAGACAACAUACCCACCCGCCUCAUGUUUGCAAUUUCUUUCCUCACACCCCUGGCUGUUAUUUGUGUGGUGAAAAUUAUCCGGCGGACUGACAAGACUGAAAUUAAGGAAGCCUUCUUAGCGGUGUCCUUGGCUCUUGCUUUGAACGGAGUCUGCACAAACACUAUUAAAUUAAUAGUGGGAAGACCUCGCCCCGAUUUCUUUUACCGCUGCUUUCCAGAUGGAGUGAUGAACUCGGAAAUGCACUGCACAGGUGACCCCGAUCUGGUGUCCGAGGGCCGCAAAAGCUUCCCCAGCAUCCAUUCCUCCUUUGCCUUUUCGGGCCUUGGCUUCACGACGUUCUACUUGGCGGGCAAGCUGCACUGCUUCACCGAGAGUGGGCGGGGGAAGAGCUGGCGGCUCUGCGCCGCCAUCCUGCCCUUGUACUGCGCCAUGAUGAUCGCUCUGUCCCGCAUGUGCGACUACAAGCAUCACUGGCAAGAUUCCUUUGUGGGCGGAGUCAUUGGCCUCAUUUUUGCAUACAUCUGCUACAGACAGCACUACCCGCCGCUGGCCAACACAGCUUGCCAUAAACCGUACGUCAGUCUGCGAGUCCCGACCUCGCUGAAGAAAGAGGAGAGGCCCACUGCCGACAGCGCGCCCAGCUUACCUCUGGAGGGGAUCACCGAAGGCCCCGUAUGACUAGUGUCCUGGGAGGACGGACGCUGAGCCCCAGGCACGCUCUUCCACCCUGAUUCUGACAUCGUAACACGAUAGAAAAGGUUUUCCGUAGUGUGUUUAUCAUCAGUUGUUUCUCAAAGUUAUCCUUCUUCUGCUUCCAUUUCGCCCCGGUAUUCCUGCUACUUUCAACGUCUACUUUCAACAUUCUUGCAUCUGCAAGGGAAGGACACCAGGAACAUUCUCUGAGAGACGUGUGGAAGGAGGCUGCAAGGGUGGGGUUGGGCAGCUCAGCCGAUUCCUCUAUGUGCAAUGUCUGCUGUAGUAGCCACCUUCCUGUGUUUUCAUGGUUGUAAAACAUAAUAAAACCUCCCACCUGAAGGCUUGG